UGCCAGAAGUAAACAAAGCCUGAAAGUGGCUUAAUUUUUUAAAAAAUGUCGUGUUUCCUGAAGCAUUCGAAGGACACGACGAUAAAUGUGGUGCGUUUUACGGAAGUGGACAACGUCAUCUUCUACGAAAUCCUCGUCAAAUGUGGUCCGAGUGUCUUUUGGACGGUUUCGCGUCGUUACAAAGAAUUUGAGAAGCUGAAUGACGUGCUGGUGAACGAAUAUUCGCUCGACAAGACUUGGUUGCCCGGCAAAAAGGCAUUUGGCAAUAAAAGUACGAGUUUCGUAAGGAAACGACAAGAAGCUCUCGAGAAGUACCUGCAGGAUGUCUUCAAUUUUCUGCAACUAACGAUGCCAACGGUGUUUGUGGAGUUCCUGGACUUUCACAAAUACGACAUAAUUUUCAUAUUGCACAACUUGGCUGCCUUAUUUUCGGCUUAUGGGGAAAAUUAUUUGGCCCGCACGAAGCACUACACCUUUUCCGCCCUCGAAGUUUACAGUAUUUCGGAACGGAUGAAACUUCCGACGCCGCCCACCGAGGUCUGCGAUAAUAAAUACGACUUUUCGCACGUGCUGGAUUUCGCGGGACUCGUUGAGGGACUUUCCAUUUUGCCCGUUAAACAUACGCUGCCAUGCAUGCAAGGCCAUGACGAGUACACGGAACAUUUCGAUCAAAUUGUCAGGACGACGGUAUCGAAGCCCAUUUCCACAAGCAGUCUCAUUCCGGAGGAAUUAAAGUUCGAUUUGACCGCUUUUCGGAAUCUAAAGACGUUAAAACUCUUCGGGAUUGGGUCCGAGUGCAUUGUUGAUGCGACAAAUUUACGUGAAACUGUCGAGAAUUUUUACGUGCAAAAAAGCAAAAUUACCGACAUCAAACAAGUGCUUUUGUGUGACUCGCCGGUGCAUAAAACGAUGGAAAAUGGCAACGAAGUCGAUCCGUCGCAAGUGUGGAAAAAUGUCAAAUACGCGAAUUUCAGCGACAAUCAAAUUUCCAUCAUCGACAAGUCAAUUAAUUUGAUGCCCAAGGUCACGGAACUCGUGCUCGACUCGAACAACAUUGACAAAAUUGUGCAUUUUCGGUCACUUCCUCUCCUGAGUACCUUGAGUCUCGAAUCCAAUCGUCUGAGUGAUUGUUUAAACCUUCAUACACAACUCGGACAAAUCACGACACUGAAUGUUGCUCAAAAUCAGAUCCGGUCACUGCGUGGCUUCCAAAAGUUGUAUUCGCUCGUGAAUUUGGACAUCAGUUGCAACUUGAUCGACACCGUGGACGAAGUGGAACACGUUGGAGGUCUUCCGUGUUUGGAAAAUAUUCGGUUGACGGGAAAUCCCGUUGCUCUGACGGUCGAUUAUCGCAGUCGGGUGUUGGCGAGAUUCGGAGAUCGAUUGCACGAGAUUUAUUUGGACAACGAAAAGGGAUCGGGAAAGGAAUUAGAUACGGCGCUUGCAUUGGCGGCACUUCGGAUUUCCAUGUCGGGAGACACGAACAGCUUUAAAGAGGGAAAUAAGAAUGUUUUUUGUACAAUUUCGAAGAACAAAUGAUGUCGGGAAACGUACUAUGUGAGAGAUUGUUGUAAUUUUUACUCGAGAGAUAUUUUAAUAGUGAAUUGUGACGUCUUCGUAAGUGUAAAAGUUUAGAGCCUUUGAGCUAAUAUUAUUGAAUUAUAUAUUUAUGUAAGAAGAAUCUAAUAGACAAUUUGGAAAUAUAUU